CGCGUGCGCCGCGGGCCGGCCGCCCCCUCCUUCGCCCGUCGGUGGCCGGUGGCGUGGGGCCGCCGCUGCUGCCGCCGCCAUGUCCGCCGAGCAAGUGAGCGGCCUUUGUGAGCAGUUGGUGAAGGCGGUGACGGUGAUCAUGGACCCAGCGUCCACGCAGCGGUACCGGCUGGAGGCGCUCAAGUUCUGCGAGGAGUUCAAGGAGGAGUGUCCCAUCUGCGUGCCCUGCGGACUGAAGCUCGCCGAGAAGACGCAGACGGCCAUCGUCAGGCACUUUGGCCUGCAGAUCCUGGAACAUGUGGUCAAGUUCCGUUGGAACGAUAUGCCUCGCCUGGAAAAAGUUUAUCUAAAGAACAAUGUCAUGGGCCUCAUAUCCAAUGGAACUCAAAGUAUUCUGGAGGAGGAGAGUCACAUUAAGGAUGUUUUGUCUCGCAUUGUGGUGGAGAUGAUAAAGCGUGAAUGGCCUCAGCACUGGCCUGACAUGCUAAAAGAGCUGGAUACCCUCUCAAAGCAAGGGGAAACUCAGACGGAACUGGUGAUGUUCAUCCUCCUACGGUUGGCAGAGGAUGUGGUGACUUUUCAAACACUACCUACCCAGCGACGACGAGAUAUCCAACAAACCCUCACCCAGAACAUGGAGAAGAUUUUCAGCUUUCUAUUAACUACGCUGCAGCAGAAUGUCAACAAGUACAGGCACAUGGUUGGAACACCCCAGGAACAGGAAGCCCUCACCACUCCACAGAAGACUGACCUGGCUCAGGAGCCAAAGGCCCAGGCAAACUGCCGUGUGGGGAUAGCAGCACUCAAUACUUUGGCUGGCUACAUUGACUGGGUGGCUCUGAGCCACAUCACAGCAGACAACUGCAAACUCUUGGAGAUGUUGUGUUUGCUUCUGAAUGAGCCUGAGCUGCAAAUAGGAGCAUCGGAGUGUCUCCUGAUUGCUGUCAGCAGGAAAGGUAAGCUGGAGGACCGGAAGCCUCUGAUGGUCUUGUUUGGAGAUGUUGCCAUGCACUACAUUCUCUCUGCUGCCCAGACAGCAGAUGGAGAAGGCCUGGUGGAGAAGCACUAUGUUUUCUUGAAGAGACUUUGCCAAGUUUUGUGUGCAUUGGGCAGCCAGCUGUGUGCAUUACUAGGCUCAGAUUCUGAUGUGGAAACACCAGCCAACUUUGGAAAAUACCUUGAGGCGUUUUUAGCCUUCACAACCCAUCCCAGCCAGUUCCUGCGUUCUUCCACCCAGAUCACUUGGGGAGCCCUCUUUCGGCACGAAGUUCUGUCUCGUGACCCCUUACUGCUGGCUCUGAUUCCCAAGUACCUCCGUGCAUCCAUGACCAACCUAGUGAAGGUGGGCUUUCCCUCUAAAACAGACAGCCCCAGUUGUGAAUACUCACGCUUUGAUUUUGACAGUGAUGAGGACUUCAAUGCUUUCUUCAACUCUUUCCGAGCCCAGCAGGGAGAGGUAAUGAGGAUGGCUUGUCGUCUGGACCCUCGAACUGGCUUCCAGAUGGCUGGCGAAUGGCUCAAGUACCAGCUCACAGCUCCUCUUGAUACCGGACCUAUGAACUCUAGAUCAGGCGAAGGUCUCUGCUCCAUCUUCUCUCCAUCCUUCGUGCAGUGGGAUGCCAUGACCUUCUUCUCAGAGAGCGUCAUCAGCCAGCUGUUUCGAACCAUGGAUAAAGAUGAAAUCCCAGUGAAUGAUGGCAUAGAUCUCCUACAACUUGUACUUAGUUUUGAAACAAAGGAUCCUCUCAUCCUGUCUUGUGUGCUCACAAAUAUCUCUGCUCUCUUCCCAUUUGUCACUUACCGACCAGAAUACCUACCUCAAGUACUUUCUAAGCUCUUUGCUUCAGUUACCUUUGAAGUUGUAGAAGAAAGUAAGGCUCCUAGAACUCGAGCAGUGAAGAAUGUGAGAAGGCAUGCAUGCUCCUCCAUCAUAAAGAUGUGUCGAGAUUACCCUCAGCUUGUCCUGCCAAACUUUGACAUGUUGUACAACCACGUGAAGCAGUUGCUCUCCAAUGAGCUACUUCUGACCCAGAUGGAGAAAUGUGCUCUUAUGGAGGCCCUUGUCCUCAUCAGCAACCAGUUCAAGGAUUAUCAGCGGCAGAAAGCUUUCUUGGAGGAGCUCAUGGCUCCUGUAGCAGGACUGUGGCUCUCCCCAGAGAUGCAGAGAGUCCUCUCAGAUCCUGAAGCCUUUAUCUCCUACGUGGGUGCAGACAACAAAAUUGCUGAUCCUGUCUUGGACGAUUCUAGUGGCCUGAACCGCUCUAGAAUAAGCUUUUGUGUGUACACCAUUCUGGGAGUUGUGAAACGAGCUCGUUGGCCUGCUGCUACCGAAGAGGCGAAAGCUGGGGGGUUCUUGCUGGGAUACAUGCCCAGCGGAGCUCCGAUCUACCGUAACCCCUGCACUGAGCAGGUCCUGAAGCUUUUUGACAAUUUGCUUGCUCUUAUAAGAACUCACAACAAUCUCUACAUGCCAGAGAUGGUGGCUCGGCUGGGAGAGACAUUUGCAAAGGCCUUAGACAUGCUGGAGGUGGAGAAGAAUGCCAUCCUAGGUCUCCCUCAGCCUCUGCUGGAGCUUUAUGACUCUCCUGUUUACAAAACAGUCCUGGAAAGGAUGCAGGGCUUCUUUUGUACCCUGUAUGACAACUGUUUCCACAUCCUGGGAAAUGCAGGCCCCUCCAUGCAGCAGGAUUUCUAUACCGUGGAGGGUCUCGCCUCCCAGCUCCUCAGCUCCGCUUUCAUCAACCUCAAUAACAUUCCUGAUUAUAGACUUCGCCCCAUGCUCCGUGUGUUUGUGAAGCCCUUGGUACUCUCCUGCCCUUCAGAAUACUAUGAAACCCUUGUCUCCCCUAUGCUGGGACCACUUUUUACCUAUCUUCACGUGAGGCUGUCUCAGAAGUGGCAGGUGAUCAACCAGCGAAGCAUGCUAUGUGAGGAUGAUGCUGCAGAUGACAACCCAGAGUCUCAGGAGAUGCUUGAGGAACAGCUUGUCAGACUGCUGACCCGAGAAGUAAUGGAUCUCAUCACUGUCUGUUGUGUUUCGAAGAAAGGUGUUGAGCAUAACACUACUGCUUCUGUAGAUGGAGAUGAUGAUGAAGCAAUGGCCACAGAGGUGACUCCUCCUGCCAGCGCAGAGCUCACUGAGCUUGGAAAGUGUCUGAUGAACCAAGAGGAUGUGUGCACUGCGCUGCUGAUCACUGCCUAUGCAUCACUCUCCUGGAAGGACACCUUGUCCUGCCAAAGAACUACAACACAGCUUUGCUGGCCGCUGCUCAAACAGGUGCUUCCAGGAAACCUCCUGCCCGAUGCCGUGUCCUGGUUUUUCACAAGUGUGCUGAAGGGCUUACAGAUACACGGGCAGCACGACGGCUGCAUGGCAGCUCUUGUCCACCUGGCUUUCCAGAUCUACGAGGCCUUGCGCCCUCGCUACACUGAGCUGAAGGCCGUGAUGGAGCAGAUCCCAGAUAUCCCAAGAGACUCUUUGGAGCAGUUUGACUCCAAGCUUCUCAAUCCAGCACUGCAGAAGGUGACAGAUAAGCGCCGGAAGGAUAAUUUCAAACGCCUCAUUGCAGGUUGCAUUGGGAAGCCUCUCGCGGAGCAGUUCCGCAAGGAGGUUCAUAUCCGGAACCUCCCAUCUCUCUUCAAAAAAGUGAAGCCAUCACUGGAGACUGAUGUGCUACAAAAUGAGGAUGGAGAGGGCCUCACUGCACUCUUUGAGCCCUGAGCUUUGGAUGCUGCAACCAUCUCCUCCCCUACCUUUUGUCUCUUCUCAUAGUAAGCACAUUAGAUUCUCCUUGUCAUCACCUCCAUGAGCAUUUGUCUGAAUAAAGCCCCUUACAGGUCUUGUCCUGUUCUCCUCCCUAUACUGGGAUGGGGCCUAUGAAAGCAUUUGAACCAGUCUACUAAGCUUUCCCUGAUUCCUUCCCCUCCACUCUAUUGGAUGAGUUUCUUUAUACCUCUGCUUCUUUGCAAGGUGGGAGCUGAGCCCAUAGACUCCAUUCUGUAAAGCCUGGUCAUCCUGUAGCUUUGGGUCACUCUUGUUCCACUUCUUCAUCCUUUGGGGUUUAAGAUUACUGUAAAAGGCAGAGUAGUACACCACAUGAGAAGCAGCUGCCCUAAUCUUCCCCUGGGUGCUAGUAACCAGGCUUCAUAGGGGAUACAUCACCCACUUGGGCCAUGCAUGGCAGUACUUGUCCCUAGCAGACUGCUGUUCUGAUGAAAUCUGCUUCCCUCCAGAAAACCGGGCCUUGGGCUGAGGGCUGUGUGCCAGGAAGCCUGGUAGUGCUCUAAGAUCUCUCUUGAGAUCAGCCUUUCUAAGGUGCAGCUGCUCUCUAGAAAGGGGCAGACACUAUCAAAUAUACAUACAUGCGUAUAUAUGUGUAUAUAUAUGAUCAUAUUAACAUACAGCUUGUUCUACCCAGAGCCAGAUAGAAGGCUUCUGCUUUGUGCCAGCCUUUCUUGGACAUCCUCAGGGAGAGCAGGACAGAUUUUUUUUUUAAUUAUUGUUUUUUAAUUAUUAUUAUUAUUAUUCUUUUUACCAUGCCCUGUAGACUAGAACAUGGCCAGUGCAGGGUACACAAAAUCUGGACCAAUAUUUGAGGCACCUGCAAAACAAAAAGGAUCUCCUCAAUUUGUUGCUCUGGAGGUGACAAUAGCCUGUGUCUUUGUCCAGUCUGGUACUCCUCUGAGAAUUGCACAGUGGGACAGGAGGGGUGGGGUUUGUGCUGCGAUUUACAGGGGGGACUGGGUCAGAAACUGGUUUUCAGAUGAGGUGGGACUCUUACCAAGCCACUCCAGUGUGCAAGGCUGUCUCUUCUAACAUGACAGAUGGUUCAUUUUAUCUAUCCUAGCGUUAGCAUAAGAGCUGGGAGGGUCUGGCCAGAGCCGUGCAGGAGACAGAACAAGUAAUAAACUCUAUCAGAUGGAGAAGGUGAUGUCUCCACUUGGGCAGACAGGACAGAAAAACUGGGGUUGGGAGGGGACAGACAGCAGAAAGUAAGGGCAGGCUUGGAAAUCUACUCACCCUCCUGCCCCUGCUGUUGCACCAGCACCCUCCACUUUCCUCCUGGCCUCAAACUUUUCUAACCUCUGAGCUAACAUGGCUCCUGGCUCUCACCAAGGCUGGGUGUAUUUAUUGUGUUGUGGUAUUUUUAACAUUCUGUGACUUCAUGCUAGGCACGAGGGGUUUUUUUAAGUGGUUUUUAGAACCUUUUUUGUAGGAAUGUUCAAAUCCGAAGCUGUCUCUGAACCGGUUGUGUUACACCUCUGACUGUCAGUAAAGCUAUUCCAGUUUCAUA